GAUAGACUGACUCGCCGGCGCGCGCUCGCCUCUCAGUAGCAUCGAGCCAUUCGCGGGACGCGCCUCGUGCAGUCCGCCGCUCGCUCGCUCGUUCGCUCGCUCGUUCGCUCGCUCGUUCGCUCGCACGCGCUGUGCAGCUUAUUGUGCUCCACAGCUAUCCUGCCGUGUCCUGGCAUAUAUGACAUUGUGCUUUUUCGUCCGCCGCUGCGGUACGCAUACGAGUCGUGCGUGAGUCGUCGCGUUAAAAAGGAGACAGACCCCUCGUAGGUGCAGUGCGUACGGGCUUUUGCGCACCGGCUCGCGUUUUGACAGUCGCUUCAGAGUGAGAUAAGUACUUGCGGCGAUUCCCGUCUGCCCUCGUCGCGAGUACGCACGCGGAUCCGAUCGAAGGAGGAUAGUGCGCGAUCAGCUGAGAGUGCUAGUGUGCAAGGUGCAGAGCGGCAGCGAGGACAUCGACCUCCCCUCUCUCUCUCUCUCUCUCUCUCUCUCUCUCUCUCUCUCUCUCUCUCUCUUACCGCGCGCGCGAAGGUCGAGGUCGCGAUAAUGGCUGCGGGCAAGGGGAGAAGCGUCGGGAGGACGGGAUACCUGGUGAGCCUCGCCGUCUGCUGCGCUCUGCUCGCCUGCCCCGAGAGGGUCGGCGGCUUCGCCGCGGCCAAGAGACACAAGCGGGCCGACGCGCAGUGCGAGCUGCUGGACAAGUUCUUGGAGAACCGGAACGUCAGCCGGGAGGUUAUGCUGCAGGUCUGGAAGGCCAGCGAGAGGACCGAGGACGAGGAAGCGCGCAAGAACACGACCUGCGGCGGACGCUGCUGCGAUGCGGAGAUGGAGGAGCAUCUGCGCCAGCAAGCCAAGGAGGACUUUCACGACCAGAUCCAUCAUCACAGCCGAAGCCUCCUCGGUCUCCUGGCAACUACCGCCGAUGCCCUAAGGGAAACCGUAACGAUGCUAGCUCGUCAAUCGGAAAACAAGACUCUGACCCUUUUCAACCAGGUGUACCGAGCGAUGGCCGCUCAGAGCAAGCCCUCGAUUUCGAGCCUCUACCAGGCUAUGGUGGACUACGUGUCAAGUUCAAACACAGCCGAGAGCUUGCAGCAGCCGUUGACGCAGGAGAUGCUGCACGAGCGCUUCGCCGAGUUCUUCACGCGGCUCUUCCCUAUAGCCUACCACCAAGCGAUCAAUCCCGUCCAGGGUCAGCAGGACUUCACCGAGAAGUUCAAGAGCUGCCUCUACAAAACCAUGGACGAGAUCGAGCCAUUCGGCGACAUUCCCAAACAGAUUGGCCAAUCGCUGGGCAAGAGUCUCGAGGCUACCAGAGUUCUGAUACAGGCGUUGACGCUGGGCAAAAGCGUGCUGGAGAAGACCGACGGUCUGCUGUUCUCCGGAACCAGCGUGCAACAGGAAGCUUGCUACAAGGCGCUGCUCAGGAUGACUCACUGUCCCAAGUGUAGGGCCGUCGCGAAGGACGUCAUGCCUUGCCGUGGAUUUUGCACCAACGUCAUGAGGGGCUGCUUGACGGAACCGGCCUCGGAGCUGGACUUUGCCUGGUCGGAGUACGUGGAGACGGUGGAGCGACUGGUGGUGGCAGUGGACGGGCACAACGACCCCCUGGCCCUGAACGUCGAGAAGGCGGUCAGACAUCUGGACAGCCGCAUUUCGGACGCGGUGAUGCACGCGAUGGAGAAGGGCCCGGCCCUCGAGGAGAAGGUACGCAAAGUCUGUGGACCACCGCAGCUGGAGUCGAGCCCGGGCGUCUCCCAGCUAGUAUUGCCGGCGAGUCUGGCGGCAUCGACGCGAGCUAGCGGCGCCGGCGGACCUCUCCUUGGCCUAGACGGUGGUCGGACUAUCGUCGGAGUCCCGAUGCACCCGCCCCCGGCCGCGGGCCAAGGAGCCAAGGCGCCUAAUAGAUUGCACGCCCAGCUCGGCAACUUCCUCGCCAGCGUCGCCAGGUCGAGAACGUUUUACGGCACCCUGGCCGAUACCAUCUGCGAGGAGUACCCGGACAAGAGCUGCUGGAAUGGCGAACGAGUUGGAGAAUACGCCAAGACGGUUGUCGAUUCGAGCUUAACCUCGCAGAAGUACAAUCCCGAGUUUUUGUCGACGGGACCGAAUGCAGGAAAUAAAGGCUUGUACACUAACGCGAAUACCAGUGAUCUUAUCGACCAGCUGAGACACAUCAAUCAGGUGGUACAGUCGCAGCUGAUGUCAGCGCCGGAUACGGGCGCUCUCCUCGCGGACGAGGCCCUCGAGGGCUCGGGCAGUGGUGACAGGCCAAGUUGGGGCAGGAGGCCCGGUCUCCACGACGACGUUGACAGCGACGACGAGGACGCCGACGACGAGCGCGACGACGGCGAGGGAUCCGGCUCCGGCGCGGGACCUUCCGUUAUCGAACGAAUCGAGCCCGACCACGGCCAAAGCAACCCGGAGCAGAAGGGCUCGGCCUCGCAGUUCCACGUGAGCCUGCCUCUGCUGGCGGCGCUCCUCUUGGGCAGUUGCUCGCUGCGCGCGGUCUAACGCCUCGUUCUGAAUUAGCCGCGACCGAUUAACUGAGCUAUGCUGCCAUCGCCGCCGCUAUCGCUGCAUCUGCUGCUGCUAUACCGCCGCUGCAAAUCGUAUUCGUGCGAAGGCUAUCACAAGCGAGGAAAGAGGAACGACGACGACCACGUGGAUUCAAAGGAGAGCGCGAAAAACCCGACAAGGCCAAGGCUCGUGACUUCGAACGAUUAAACAGGAUUUUAAAAAUAUAAACAAUGGAGGGCGACUCAUGCUCUUCUGCAAGACCAUCGCGGGGUGUAUUAAUGCGAGGACGAGAGAUUUGUUAUUAAGACGAUAAGUGACGCGAGGAGGAGGAGAAGGAGGAGUAAGGAGAGAUCUGUAUAAAUGCGCGGGGAGAGAUGCGAUCUUAAGGAGUAGCGUGACACGCCCGCGUGCGAAAGUGUUUAUAACGCGGCUGAAAGGCAACGUCUUUUAUUUGUCGUCUUUUCGCCUUAUUUCCUGCUCGAGUGUCUCACUCUCUCUCCCCUAUUUUUAUAGUCAUCAUUAUUAUUCUUUAAUUUAGUCUCCUCUGUUUCUUUUUGUAUCAUCUUUACUAUCCGCUACACUAUUACGUAUGAUAUCAAUUACCGCUGUUUACUAUUAAUACUAUCAUUUUUAUUUUAUUUUGAACACGCUUUUUUUAUCUCUGCGGCGAGCAGACCGGCGCGUUUAUAAAUAUAGACACUUGCGAGGCGGCAUUCGACUCUCUUUUCUAUCGCUGAUGCGUAUAUUAUUUAUAAGUUGGUAAUGCUGCCGGCCAUCCGUGUAUUUGAUCAUGUGCUAUCGAAACUUUUAGCGAAUGGUUCGCGCUUUUGACAAUUGUUUUCUUUUUAUUACUAUACUGUGCACUAGGUGUAUCUCGACGGUUAUAGUUGUAAAUAGGUAGCGAGCCCCGGAAGGUUAUAUAUCACACGAGGAGAGCAAUAAUUUGAAGGUGAGAUAAUAUUGCAUACAUGACUAAACGUACUCUAUGAUAAGUUACUCGCGAGAAAAAAAGAAAAUACACAGAGGUGGGAUCCCGACGCUUGACUCUCUCGAUAUCACUCGGGAUUAGCUGUACGAAGCACUUUCGCCAUUGAAGCACUUUCGGCAUCUUACCUCGGCAAAAAAAAAGAAAGAAAGAAAAUAGGCCACCGACAGCGCAAAGCAAAGUGUCCGCUCGUAAGCUCGCGCGCCGGGUUCGCUCGCUCACGCUCGUGUAUACUCGUCCUCGUCGACGAGCAAGUCAACGAGCAUAUAUACAUAUACGAUAUAUAGUCGAGGCAAAGAAACGUGUCCGCACGCGAGCCAAGGCUCUCUAGUGUGUGCGUGUGUGUGUGUGUGUGUGCAACUGUCGAGAGGCGCCAAUUACUCGAGGGAUAAGCGCGGGCUCGUUUAACGCUCCUUAAAACGGAUUAGCGCCGACGAGCUUCUCUCUUUCUUUCUCUCUCUAGCUCACUUUCGUGGCAGGCAAGAUUGAGAUUCUCGCGCCUCGAGGUGCGGGGGUGCUGCCGUGGGGGAGAAAAAUAUACGAGCGUUAAAAGUCGAGCGGACGUGCGAGAACCGCGAAAUUUCUCCGAGAGCUGGCUCGACUCUAAAUAACGCGAGCGGACACGGGGCUCUCGGGGUUUCCCCUUUACGGAGCUCCCGUCACGCGUUGUUUUAUUUUUUAAACGUUGAUUGGUUUCUUUCGAGCCUGUUAAUUCGGAAUCCAGUUACUGCAAAAAAAAAAAAAAAAAAAAGAAUCACCG